AUGGGGCUCCUACCUGAAACCACUCUUCUGACAGUGGGUGCUGCGGUAGCCUGUCUCCUCACAAUGGUGUAUAUCUACUUCAAGAAGUCCUUCAGUUAUUGGAAGGAAAGAAAAGUGCCUUAUAUCGAACCAACAUUUCCCUUUGGAAAUUUCAGAAACCUGAUAUUUGUGAGAAAAUCUAUAGGACAUAUGUUCGUAGAUCUUUACAAGAAGCUAGAUGGUGAGAAAUAUGGAGGGACAUACAUGUUCACGAAACCUGGAUUCAUUUUCCGUGACCCAGAGAUUAUUAAGAAUGUCCUGGUUAAAGACUUCAGUAGUUUCCAUGAUCGCGGUUUCUUCAUAGAUGAACAGCUUGAACCACUUACUGGUCACUUGUUCCUUCUUCCUGGAAACAAAUGGAGGAAUCUUCGCGUUAAAUUGUCACCAACUUUCACUUCCGGCAAAAUGAAGAUGAUGUUUCAAACUUUGGUCGAUUGUGGGCAAGAACUCGGAACCAUCCUUCAAGAAACCGCUAGUAGAGAAGAGAUUAUUGAAAUUAAAGAUAUCUUGGCUAGGUACAGCACAGACAUAAUAUCGUCAUGUGCAUUUGGAAUCCAAUGUCAUUGUCUUGAGAAUCCAGACGCUGAAUUUCGUCGAUGGGGAAGGAAAUUAUUCGAAUCAUCAAUAAUAUUGUCAUUAACUGGAUCACUGAGCGCACUAUUUCCCUCUAUGGUGAGCCUCUUGAAGCUCAGAAGUAUAGAUGCCAAAGUUUCAGAAUAUUUCCACAGUAUGGUCCAAGACACAGUGAACUACAGGGAGAAGAACAACAUUAAACGCAACGACUUUAUGCAACUGCUUAUCCAGAUCAAGAAUCGUGGCAAAGUGGAGGAAGAACACGGUUACCUGGAGCAGAAUGGCCAUGGAGACUUGGAGAACAAGUCUGAUGAGAAUGGUUUGUCGAUGAACUCACUGGCGGCCCAGGCCUUCGUUUUCUUUGUUGCGGGUUUCGAGACUUCGUCAACCACCAUGACGUUCUGUCUGUACGAGCUGUCAUUGCACCAGGAUAUACAGGAACAUCUCCGGGAAGAGAUCGACAUAGUGCUGAAGAAACAUGACGGCAAGAUUACGUAUGAGGCCAUCCAGGAGAUGGAGUAUCUGGAUAAAGUUGUCUCAGUAAUGGCUGAAGUUGACCUGAAAAAUUAA